AUGAAGUGAAUCGUACACAUUGUUUGUUGUCGAUCAAGAUGGAGUUCCUUUUGGGAAAUCCAUACAGUACUCCGGUGGGACAUUGUAUUGAGAGAGCCACUGAUGGCUCCCUUCAGAAUGAGGACUGGGCCCUCAAUAUGGAAAUAUGUGACAUAAUCAAUGAAACCGAGGAUGGGCCCAAGGAUGCCAUCAGGGCAAUGAAGAAGAGGCUGAACGGGAACAAGAACUACAGGGAGGUGAUGCUGGCACUCACCGUCCUGGAGACAUGUGUGAAGAACUGCGGGCAUCGUUUUCAUGCCCUCGUCACCAGCAGAGACUUCAUAGAUGGCGUGCUUGUAAAAAUCAUCUCGCCUAAAAACAACCCUCCCACUAUCGUACAAGACAAAGUGCUCGCCUUGAUCCAGGCGUGGGCUGACGCGUUCAGGAGUAGUCCAGACCUGACGGGUGUGGUCCAUAUCUAUGAGGAGCUGAAGAGGAAAGGCAUUGAGUUCCCCAUGUCUGACCUGGAGACCCUGUCUCCAAUCCACACUCCUCAACGACUGUCGGCUGGCUCUGAGGUGAACCAAGCCACACUGAAGGCCACCGCCCCUCCUCCAGCCCAGCCUAUCCUCCACCAGCAGCCUCCUCCCCAUGCUGUCUCCGCCCCACCCUUUGCAGCAUCUGUCCCUCCUACCUAUUCCGCCCCUCAGGUCCCCAACCUCGGUGCCUCUGGGUCUAUCAACCCCUCACCUGACCAGAUUUGCCGGCUGCGCAGUGAGCUGGACAUUGUGCGUGGCAACACCAAGGUGAUGUCAGAGAUGCUGACAGAGAUGGUUCCUGGACAGGAGGACCCCUCGGACCACGAGCUCCUGCAGGAGCUGAACCGGACAUGCCGGGCCAUGCAGCAGAGGAUAGUGGAGCUCAUCUCCUGCGUGUCUAACGAGGAGGUCACAGAGGAACUACUGCACGUCAACGACGACCUCAACAACAUCUUCCUACGCUACGACAGGUACGAGAGGUUCCGGUCAGGCAGAGCAUCUCAGGGUAUCAACAAUGGGGUCCUCAGUGAGGCUACAGAGGACAACCUGAUAGACCUGGGCCCUGGCUCUCCUGCUGUCGUCAGCAACAUGGUCACCACCACUCCCCCGUCCAGCCUGCCCCCUUUCUACACCACCCCCGCUGCACGGCCUUCCUCACCUGCCUCCCUGGCCUCUCGGCUAGCCGGCCUUGAUGUGGGUGACAGUGUGAGCAGCACUUUGAGCUCUCUGCCCAGCUGUAAGCCUCAGGACGACUUUGACAUGUUCGCCCAGACCAGGACCGGAGCUCUGCCUCUGACCACCGAAACACUCGUGACAGCUCCUCUAGAGGACCUUAAUGCUGUAUGUGGGAUUGGGCUGCCUCUUCUGGAAGUCAGGCGGCAGCCCGCAGGAGGGAUUAUCUUUCAGAACCGUGGAGAGCAACCGCUAGCCAACGCUGGAGAGAAAGCUCACUGAAGAUUCAGUUCAGCACCUUGGAGGGCCACUGCAUCGGCCGCACCCCACAACAGCACUCCUAAUCAGCCAGUUCCACACACCUGUGGCAGAGGAGUGGGGAACUGUGCUACAGACAAUUUUGCCAUGUCAGGAAAAGGCUGCCGGAUGAGAGAAUGCUGUUUGAUGUUGAUUUGAUUAUUGUUCCAUUCCCCUUUCCUUAGAACUUUAGAAGGGGACAUGCCCCCCUAAUGUUAGAAGCAAGUCAAAUAAACAUUUUAAUAACUCAGUCGGGGGCUCAACUUACUUUUGAGAGUUGUAGUAGUAGAAUACACAAAGUGCAAUUUUGAAAUGUGGUUGGGCAUCAGUAGUUUUUCCUCUUUGUCAGUCACUCAAUUAGCCCAUAUGAGCUACAUUUAUAAUGAUUUUUUAUUGGUAAAAUUGUCUAGCCAGCUACCUAAACUUACUACUAAUCAUGGUUGAAUUACCAAGGUGGCUAGGGCCCCCAGAAGGCUAGGGCCGGCUCUGACUCCAGGUGUGGGUAUGGAUGUCUACACAAACCAGAGAGCUACUUCAGUCUCUCAUGUUGAGUCCAGAUUUUUGUACUAGGAAAUUCCUCACAGUAGCAGAGGGAGUACAAAAUGGUUGUUUAAUUGAAUAUAUAAUGUGUGUAUAUUAUGUCACACUGGUGUGUAGUACAGUAUGAAUGGCCAUGGCCCUGAAACAGAUUGGACUGUACCAUACAUAGUAGAUGCAACUCUGCAAGGCCCAUCUAAAGCCUUGUAAAUUUGCCCAUGUUUAUUUCUCAAGACACUAGAAAUUUGCAUUUAAUUUUUUGUCUCUCUGGACCUCUGUUUAAACACCACAGGGCCGUAUUGUUUUUACCACAACCAGAUAACAACUUUCUAGUGUCUUUAUCAUGGUACUUAACAAUCUGAAUUAUACCUACAGUAGCCUAGCUUAAAUAAAGCUACGUUUAUCACGGACUCUCUCAAAUGAUAUUGCAAAAUGGAAAUAUCCAAUUAAGAACAUAACAAAUGGAACUAUUUUAAAUUGUGCUUAAUUAAAAUAAUGAGAAGCAGCAGUUACAGCCAGUAGGCCUAGUAUUCAAUCAACAGAGUUGAACAUUAAACAGUAAAUGUUUAAUUAUGAAUUAAAUACAUGGAUAACAAAAUAAAGAGCAAGGUGUAGCCCCAAAUGGUAUCAAAAUCAGCUUAAACUCUAAUGCUGAACAUAUAAAAUGGCUUGCAUAGGCUACAAAAAUAAGCAUGGGCUAUUCCAAACAUUUAGCAUAAUAGUUUGAUCUUCUCCAUCUGUCAACUGUAUCGGACUAGCCUACUUACUCACAUAGACCUGGGCUGCCGUUUAAUAGCCUACUUCCCCAAUCUUUUCAAGUUAUGCGACAGGAACACCAGCUUGUCAACAUUUUCGGGCAGAAGGCAGCUCCUCGUUUUAUUGAAUAUAAACCCUGCCUUGGAAAAUAUCCGCUCUGAUGGAGUAGAGGUCGCCGGAAUCGAGAGGAGGUAUUUCGCUGCUCUGGCCAGCCUCGGAUACCUGUCCUCAUUUUUCCCCCACCAAGCUAGUGGUCCAGCGUCGACUUUCGUUCUAUCUUGGAGAUAAUACUUCACUUCUUUUUUGCUAUCCCCCGGAAACUCUUUCUCUCCCUCAUCUCCACACAUUAGCAUAUCAAUCUCCCGCUCCUUAUCUGUUUUUUUUCUUUUUGGUGCGGGUACCUCUUCAUCCGUGGGUGUAGAGCUGACUCUGUCUCCCUCAGCGCUCAACCGGUCGGCCAGCUGGGACACGUUGAUGUAGGCUACGUCCCGUUUUGCAUCGUCAAGGAACGAAAGCAGCUUGAAGCGGGGGUCUACGACUGCUGCUUGGACGUAUAUACUACUCUCAAAUAGUCGGUCUUUGAGCUGCCAUCUGUUGUCAGAUUCCUCCACCAGCCUUGUUUUAAGACUCUUAGUGGUGGGGCUGUCGUCCACCACUGGUGCCAAGUGGCGGCGUUUGAGGUUGGCCAGCAUGGGUAUGGUUGCAGAUAAGGAUGCAUUUUCCUCCUCGGACUGCAGCUCAGUCAGGGUGACAAUGGGCUUCAGCACAUUUGAAAUGUCCUCUGCCAUGUUCCAUUGCGCUGGGGUGAGAUCAAGGUUGCGUUCAUUUUCCCCAGUGUAGUUGGGGUCGGAGAGCACUGCUGUUACAGGCAAUCUCUGUUCUAUCAGACGCGCUAACAUGGUCUGAGAAGAAUUCCACCGCAUGGAAACGUCUUGGAUCAGGACAUGUUCAACCACCCUUUGUUCUUUUUGUUUCUCCUUUAGUCCCUUUCUGGCUUUUGUUCGCUUCUUAAAAUGAGCCACAAGGAGUCUGGCUGCAACCACAGUGCGACAGAUGGGGUCUUGAUUGAGAGUGGCGUUGAUGCACAGCUGUAAGGUGUGUCCAGCACAUCUGAUUCCUUUAACGCCUGCCCAUUUCUCCUCCCGCCCCAGUAUAUCUGCACACAAAAUCAUAUUUGCGGCGUUGUCGUGUACCACAGCGACCCUUUUACAUCCUGGGAUUUCGUAUUUGUCGGCCACUUCUCCAAGUCUCUGCGCAAUGGUGGCGGCGGUGUGAUUCUCCUCCAUUUGCUUUGUCUCCAGCACAAGACACUGCAGUCCCCAGGCCUCCGUAAUGAAAUGGGCAGUUACGGUCAUGUAUGACUCCAUCCUCAGUGAGGUCCACAUGUCGGUUGUAAAACUUACUGCCUGGCUGUUUUUGAUAGACUCCAAAACCUUCUCUUUUGUGGUCUCAUAUUUCGCUGUCAGAGCAUGCAUAACAGUCUCUCUCUUGGGAACAGUGUAACCAGGCUCCAAGAUUUUCAUCAUAUCCUUAAAUCCCACGCCCUCUAUCAGGUUAACGGGCCUCAUGUCCAAGGCAAUGAAGUCCACGAUACCAUCCGUUAUCUCUCUCUUUCUUUGUUCUGAGAUUGGGGAAUUCUGGUCCAAGGUGGUUUGGGUUAAACCUGAGCUAGCAGUGGAGGCGCUCGUGCUGUACUGGGGAUGCGCCUAUAAAUACACGAAGUUUAAAAUUUAAGUAGGCCUACAUUUGAAUUAAUUAUGUAUACCAUUGUUAUUACAUUAUUUGGAGAUGUUCACAUGCAUAUAAACCCUGUCACUGUUUUAGCAUGCAACUAGAAAAACAAAGUAUGCUAACUUACUGUUUUCAAGUGAUAUGUCAUAUUCGUUGUCGAACUAUGGUAAGCAAACCGCUGUUUGCAGAGUUUGCAUUCCACUUUUUUGGCGUCAUCCAUUACUACAAUGAAAUGCUGCCAUACUACAGACCUUUUCGACAUGUCUUAAUUUGGCCUAAUAAGAGUAUGAAGAAGCUACGGUAUGUACUGGUAGGGUAUACACCGCUUCCAAAUUCGCCAGAGACAAAGUUCCGCCCCCAUUCAUUUUCAACGGGAGCGCAGCACAGGGAAUUGUGGGAAGGCGAGGGGCGCGAUAAAGUUCAGUUCUACUUUAUGCAAAUUACACGCGGCCACCGCUGCUGUUAACCAAUCAGGUGAGGGGCAGAUGUUUGCUUGAAAAUCGUCCUUUUAUGGAACAGUUCCACCUGUCAUUUAGUUCCUGACAAGCAGAUGGAGGAACGUAAAUCAUUGCUGUGUCGGGUUUUCCAAUUCUAUAUGAUUUUGCUUUGCUAGAAUAUAGAGACAAAAUCUGAAGGUCAAUGGCAUGGAGGAUUGCAGAGAUUUUUGCUGUUGAUGCUGGGUGAAGAGAUUUGCACAUCAAUGUUUGCUUAUGCUGCUAGCUAGCUAUGAACAUCAAGCAACCUAGACAUCAAAACUAUUAUCAAAGUCAACAAAUUGUGAGAUUUCCCACCAAAGGAUAGAAAUCACCAGUAACACAAAUUAUAACAGUGUAUAAUUUACAAAGCUUGCAUUUCCCAUGUAAUAUCCUACUAAUUGGGUUAUGGUAUCUUAACAUUAUGAUUCCCAUUAUCUUAUGGCUCUUUCAUUGUCUAAUGACAUUGAUAAUUAUAGCUUACUUCCUGUAAAAUAAAUAGGCCUACCUUUCACAUGAAUGGGUAAUUUGGGUAAAGGAAAUUGUAGCUUUGCAAAUCUCUUGAUUUGAACACCUGUUGUAUUCGGUGCAUGUGGCAAAUUUGAUUUGAUCAACAUCAUCUGCAAUCCUCCAUGCCAUUCUUCAUAUUCAGAUUUUUGUCUCUGUGUUCUAAAAUCAUUCUCGGCAAGUAAACAAGGUAGAAUUACAAAUCCCCUCACGCAACAUUUUUAUUUUUCUACAUUUUUAAUUAGCCUAAAAAUAGUCAGAUUUGUAAAAAAUUUACUGUACCUAGAAUGCAAGGGUUGUACUUACACUAGACAAUUUCGUCAUAAAAAUCAUCAUGUAGGAAAUUAUGAUCAUGCAUGCUUAGCCUCAUGCAUUAUCGAUCUCAUCAAUAUGGAAACUGAGUUUAGCUGUUCUCUGCUUCAGAUGUACAAUGACAAUGGGCAUAUUGAUUGCACAUAUCUGUUAGGCCAGUUAUGUCAUCAUACUGUAGGCCUAUGGCUGCAUUGAUGAGGCAUGACAUUAUGAUAAGCUGCACAAUGGGUUCACAUGGCUGAUAUCCUGAGACGGUGACAAUCAAAUAAAACCCAUUUGGAGAGCUCACAACUGGACACAAAGGUCAUGUUCAUUUGAGGAAGCAACACAAAUUAGAGAAUUGUUUUUGCAGAAUUGUGAUCUGUGAUGAAUGAACAUUAACACUAGUUCAUCUUGAAUAAUAGUUUAAGUUAACAAUUAAAACAAGAUGAAACACUUCACUUCAAUGAAUCAAAAUGUACAAUCUAACGAGUUUGUACAUUUUAGACAUCUUAGUAAGUAGGCUAUUAUGAAAGCAUAAUUACUUGGUGAACAAAAAAAGUCCAUAUGCGAGGGGGGGCCAACCUUGCUCCACUCCCUGAUCUACUGGGUGAGUAGACUUCUAUUCCAGCCCAGCAAUAAUACACAUGAUUAUCAACUCCUGUAGGUUUGAUAAGUUAAAUCAGGUGUGUUAGUGCUGGGCUGGAACAGAAGCCUGCAUACCUCUAGGAGAAGGAUUGGCCUGCUGAAGCUGUGGUAUGUUUUGUAUUGUAUACAACAUAAAUACACAUAAUGGCAUACAAGGAUGUGCAAGCAGUCUCUUGGGAUUCAUUGUAGAUAUGUGAUAAGAGUAGUGGCCUGAGGGAACACCCUUAAUGUGUUGUGAAAUGUGUUAAGUGUAAUAUUUUAUUGUAUAUAACUGCUUUAAUGUUGCUGGACCCCGGGAAGAGCAGCUGCGACCUUAGCAGCAGCUAAUGGAAAUCUUUAAUAAAUACAUCUGCAGACAUGUCUUCACAGCUCUCAAAGAAACAGGUUUCAUGUUAUUACAAUUAAGGCCUGGCUAUUAUCUCUCUUGCUUCAUAGUUUUCCUCUCUAGGGACUAAAACUAGAGAAUAUUUACAUAAUGUCAUCCUACAACCUGCCCUAUAUAACUAGUACACCUACUCCCUUUUCUGACAAGAUGGAGCAGAAAAUAAAUCCACCCUUCCAUUGCUGUUAUCUACAAAUGUAUUUGGAACAUGAGUUUUUAAUUUAGAAUGAAAAAUAGAACUACAUCAAGAUAACAAGCUACACUGAACAAACAUAUAAACAACAUGAAACAAUGUAAAAGAUUUUACAGAGUUAUAUGAACCAUAAGGAAAUUGGUCAUUUUAAAUAAGUCAUGGAUUUCACAUGACUGGGAAUAGGAAGAUGCAUCUGGUCAU